UGACGUACAUUGCUUCACACGAUGCUGCCAACCGGUUUAACGAACGUGCCAUGGAUUCGAUAUGGCCCUCGCUGCCCUCUAGAGUCUACGUAGCUACCGCUCUCAUUGAGGUGGGGCUUCGCAUGAAACAGAAUGGGACUAUGCUGCUGCAAGCCUGUAGUUGACCAUGAUGAUCACCAUGACGACAAGAAAAGCGUCCUUGAGCCUCCGGAAGUGGACGUUUCCUCCUCAUCAAUACACCCUAGCAUUCUUUCCUCACAAUCCAUAACGAACCCCUGCCAGCUUACCUGGGUGACGGAUGUCCCUGUCCAUAAUGUGGACGAAGAUGAGAUGCAGCGGGAAUGUCGAGUAAGUGGGCUGUGUUGUCUUGACAACGGCCGAACUGUGGUACUGGACAGGAACAACCAAACAAUUAUGGUCUUUGACCCGGAAUUCGAAUACGCAUACCGGCAGAAAAUCAGAAAGCAGUUGAUUUCCCUGACCCAUUUUGAGUUCGACGACAUCGCUAUUCUCGAAUCGGGUGCAAUAGGAUUUUUUAAUAUUUCAGGGAAAUACGUCACACGACUUCCUAGAAGAUUUCCCGUCUGUAAAAGUUCAAAGGCAAUAACGUUUAAUGGUACUUGGUUUGCUGUUCUCUAUACAAUAGACAAUAAAAAUCACAUACAGAUCUAUUCUAAGACUGGAAGUGAAUACAAAGACUUCUCUCUAAAUAUACAAUUUACAAAAAGAAAAUACAGAUCGAACGUGGUGGUACUGGACAAAACGGACGACUUUUUGUAUGUGUCAAACAUGUCCGAAAAGUGUGUAUCGUGUGUGAAUUUUCUGGGAGAAGUGAUCUGGAAUUCACUGGCCGUGGACCACAUAACACACCCUUCCUGUCUCGUGGUGGAAGGAGGCUUCAUCUAUUGCUGUGAUUGGAUGAACAAAGGUGUCAAUCUUCUCUCCUUAGACGGAAAGCGAUCUAGUUCUAUUUGUGUCGAUGGCGCUAAAAAAGCCCGAUUCAUUGCCUAUCAAAGGAAGAAAAGCCAGCUGAUAAUUUUUACAGACUUCAAAUACAAACUGCGUAUAUUUGAUGUUCACUUGCCUCCGGAAGAGCCCUAAAACUUUAAAAAUGGAGAUGGGAAUAUUAUCUGUAAAUCAUUUAAUCAGGGCUUCGAUAAGACGGGUCUACGUGGAAGGAGUUCUUCUGUUUGUUCGUUUGAAGUCCGUUGACAGAUCAUUGUUAAUUCUGCCUGUGAAAGCUACCGAUUCCUCGACAGAAUUGUCAUUUGCGGAUGCUCUUUUACACCGAAGCGAUUUCCGUCAAUAAAGAAAUGCAUCGAUCUUGGUUUCUGUUUUUAGAUUCUACUCGUCCUUUGUUUGUUUUUUCUUUAAACUCAGAGUGACUGACCGCUAUAUUAAGGUUUUUGUUUAUUUUCCAUCAAAAAUAUUAUAUGCGCGUACGUUGUUUCAACUUUGAGGCUUUUUGGUCAAUUCUUCUCUUAAUUAAAAAGAUAUGAAAAAUUAAUAUUGAUAUUAACAACAUACUUCUUUCGACAACUUUAGCUCUUGUUUUGUCAUUGAGUUCUUGUCAACUUUGGUUCUGUUUCAAAACAGGCAAUGAUUUUUUCCGAAAAUAUGAUUAAAUUUUGUCUAAUAAAAAGAUUAGCUUUAGAACAGCGCUGGCAAUUUCAACGUGACAUUUUAUGCGCCUGUCAUCAACAAUGCCGAUUGCAUCACUAUCAUGAGCAACAAUGACGAUAGUUUCUCCAGUCCUUGGCAGUAAUCGGUUAAUGUUGCUAUGAACCUUGGGUUUGUCGAGCACAAUCUUUUUCGGGGCUAUGGAAAUGUUACAAUAAUAUAACGACCAUAUCCCCUUACGUAGAGUUUUGAUGGAAGUUAAUGAUAAUCGUUGUAAUUGUUAUUGCGUAUAGCAAGGAUUAUGGUCACUUCUGGAAGAUUUUCAAAGAACUUUUAUUUUCGAUCGGACUUGUACAUUCCAUGCCACCAUAGCUUAACCAAUUUCAACCAAACGGAGUAUAGACAGCGCUCUCGAGUAAAUUACUUAAAAAUACAAUCAAAUAAAGGACCCAAAUCCAUUCUUGUGGCAAUAAUAAGAAAAAGAUGAAAACAGGGUAAGGUAAUCUUUUAUAAAAACCAAUUGGCUACUGUUGUUUAAACAUUUGUCACAGGGAUACAAUUGAAUAUAAUUUAGUAUUAAGUAAAUCAUUUAUUUACUCAUUCAUUCAUCCAUACAUUUCAUUAUUAACUCAUUCAUGGUUUACUCGUGUUUGACUGGUAUUCGUGUUCUGUCACGUGAUUGUAUUAUUUUGGGUUGUGAUUCACCAAAUACGGUAAUAGCUACAAUAUGUCUAUAUUUGGUAGUGGAAAAACAGGUUUUCAUGGGUGUGUAUGGUCAGUGCGCAAGUGUGAGUGAUAACACUUAAUUUAUAAUGUUUUGCACCAUGAUUUUAGAACAUAACUCAUUUGCCAGCAGACAGCGACAGUUUUACGACUUGUCUGUUUAAAUAGUUUGAGACUGUCAUCA